CUCUCCUCCUUCCGUCUGUUUCUUGCGGAGCUGGGGUGGGAACCGCUCCUUUUUUUCUCCCUUUCCCUUCCUGCCCCAGAAGGGCAAGAGGCACCUUGGCUGCGCGGGGAUUCCUCGAACAUCCUGCCGCCCAGCAGCUCCUCUCAGCCGAGAGUGGAGUCCCCGCGGCGGAAGAAGCGGCGCCCGGCGCUACUCCAGCCCUCCCCCGCCCCCCAAGGAGAACCGGCGGGAAGAGAGGGGCUUUUCCGUCGUUUGCCGGACUGGCGAGGAAGGGCCGCGUCUUUUGUGCGCUUCUGCCUCGCCGGAACGACCGCGGGCUUCAUUCUUGCCUGUGAAGUCCCAGGAGAAUGAAUCAGCAAGAUGGAGAGCAACCAAAUCAGUCUCAUUCUCUCUUUGACGCCUUUCUGCAUGCCAAGCAGUGCAAAGAGGUCUUGAGCAGAUUUGAAGAACUGUGCAGUCAUCUGAAUCUGGAACACACUGGCCAGAUCCAUUUCUAUCACAAGCUCAAGUCUUCUCUCAAUUAUUGGAGCGCUAAAGCUUUGUGGACCAAAUUGGACAAGAAGGCUGGACACAAAGACUAUGACCAGGGAAGAGCAUGUUCAAACACCAAGUGCCUGAUCAUCGGGGCAGGGCCCUGUGGUCUCCGCACGGCUAUUGAAUUGGCUUUCCUUGGAGCCCACGUUGUGGUGGUAGAGAAGAGAGAGAUCUUUUCCCGAAACAAUGUGCUGCACCUUUGGCCUUUCACUAUCCAGGACCUGAGGGCACUUGGAGCCAAGAAAUUCUAUGGCCGUUUCUGCACUGGCACCUUGGAUCACAUCAGUAUCCGUCAGCUGCAGUUGAUCCUGCUGAAAGUAGCCUUGUUGUUAGGUGUUCACAUUCACAUCGGUGUACAAUUUAAGGGACUCAUUCAACCAGUAGUGAACUCUCAUGGACAGGUCAGUGAAUGGAGAGACCUGCAGCCUGGCUCAUCUCCCUUGAGCCAGUAUGAGUUUGAUGUCCUCAUCUCUGCUGGUGGUGGAAGGUUUGUGCCAGAAGGCUUUAAGAGGAAGGAGACACGAGGCAAAUUGGCUAUUGGCAUUACCACCAAUUUUAUAAAUAACCAUAGCAGACCUGAGGUGGAGGUGGCUGAGAUAAGUGGAGUGGCUCGCAUAUACCACCAGAAGUUCUUCCAAAAUCUCUGUAACAAAACAGGUAUUGAUUUGGAAAACAUUGUCUACUAUAAAGAUGACACUCACUACUUCGUCAUGACAGCCAAGAAGCAUAGCUUGCUAAAGAAAGGAGUAAUCUUAAAUGAUAAGCUUGAUAUAGAGAGCUUACUCUCUCCAGAAAAUGUGAACCAGGAAGCCCUUCUCGCUUAUGCCAAAGAAGCUGCCAACUUCUCCACCAACUACCAGUUGCCCACUUUGCAAUUUGCCCUAAACCAUCGCCACCGUCCUGAUGUUGACAUGUUUGACUUCACCUGCAUGAGCCGUGCAGAAAAUGCAGCGUUGGUGCGUGACUGCAAUGGUGCUAAGCUGCUCAUCGGGUUGGUGGGCGACUGCUUGGUGGAGCCAUUCUGGCCCUUGGGCACUGGUGUGGGCAGAGGUUUCUUGGCAACUUUUGAUGCUGCUUGGAUGGUAAAAAGAUGGGCCUCAGAAGUAUCCCCACUAAUGUGUUGGAGAAGUAUAUAGAAGCGGCUGUCACAGACUUCACCUGACAACAUGAACAAGAAUGUUAAUCAGUACAGCAUUGAUCCCACCACACGAUACCCAAACAUCCACCUUCAGGCAAUCAAGACCUCUCAGGUUCAUAAUCUGUACAUUAAGGGAGAUAUAGAAAUGGAGCAACAGAGAAGAAGUCGUGCCAGCCCAGAGUUAGUCUGCAAAGAUACCAGUAGAGCCUAUGAAGAGCUUCUAUUGGUGUCAAUCAACACUGCCAGUUACCAUGGCAUCAAGGUGGAAGACUUCACACGCUCCUGGAAAAGUGGAUUGGCUCUUUGUGCCCUCAUACAUCACUUUCGCCCAGAUCUUCUGGACUUCAAUUCAUUGGACCCAAAUGACCCUAUUGGGAACAACCAACUGGCUUUAGAUGUGGCUGAGCAAGAGCUAGGCAUUUGUCCAGUCCUCUCCAGCACUGAAAUGGCUUCGCUGUCUGAUGAUGAGCAGCUUGGCUUCAUCACUUAUUUGAGCCAAUUUUAUGAUGCCUCAGGACUGCUCCAGGAAAAAACAGAGACACCUCUUGUCCCAUGUGGCACCAAAAGCGCUAUCCUCUUUCUUAGCAAGCUACAGAAGACUUUAUCUCUCUCACGUAAACGGAACUUGGAAAAGUCUAGUGAGGAUGCAGAAUCCAAGAAAUUAAAGCAAGAGACUGCGACUUCGCCUGUCUCUCUGAUGAAAAGCAGUGAUGCCUGCUAUUUCUGUGGAGAUCACGUCUACAUCCUGGAGAGGGUCAGUGCCGAAGGACGCUUCUUCCAUCGAGGGUGCUUCAAAUGCCAUUACUGCAAAAUAACAUUGCGACUAGGAGAUUUUGUCUUCAAUGAAGAUGAUGGCAACUUCUAUUGCACAUUGCAUUCCUCAGUCUCAUCAGACAUGACCACCCCCAGCAAAGCUUCCUUCAAGGUAGCAUAUGAGGAUUCAUCCUAUCCGGACAGUCCAUCAGGCAAAAACAUUUUAGACUUGACUACUGAAGAAAAGAGGGUGGUAAAAAAUCCACAUUGGCCAAGCCUGGAUGAGAUUAAGUCUCCCUUUGUAGAUCAGCUGCCAGAAUGCCAGCCUGAAUCACUUCGGAAAAAAGGUAGUGAAGGCCCCAGCCUAUUUCCAUCAGAAAAGGAAGGUGCUGGUAUAAUAAGCUCCUCACAGCGUCCACAUCGACUGUCCUCUCUUGUGGGAGUUGAGAAGCCAACUGACUCUGUUCCCAAGGCUGAUUCAGCUUUUCAGAUUGAUGGAAGCAGAAGAUCACCUGAGAUCAUGGCACAGGACCAAACAAUUUGGAGUGGUCACUCUAAGGGAGAGCCUCGUCUAAAUCCACUUUCACAAGGAACAGGUCUUACUAUUUCUGGAGAAGGUUCAAACCCCACCCUAGAGCAAAUCCAACGUGAGAUCAUCCAGAAGAAAAAGAUUUGCCUGUCAGACUUGGAAAAGCUUGAAUUAUCCAGACUGAGUCCAAUUUCAAACCCGCUUGAUGUUUCCGAUAUAGGGCUGGGAGAAUCCAGCUUCAGCAGAGAAUCAGAUUUUCUGGAGGUUGACAGUGACAGUGAGGAGGAGGAGGAGGAGGAGGAAGAAGGGAACUUAGAUCCUGGGCCAAGCAUGCAUUUCCUCAGCUUAACUGAAGAAACUCAGUAUCCAACUUGGAAGAAGACAUUGUUGCGACGAUCCAAAGAGGCCGAAAUGAAGAGGUUUUGUAAAGCUCAGGCCAUCCAGAGGCGGUUAGAAGAGAUUGAAGUGACUUUUCGGGAGCUUGAGAAGCAGGGCAUAAAGGUGGAACAAUCUCUGCGAGAAGAGGCAGGAACAGAGUCCGAACUGAAGAAACAGUGGAUGAAUCAGUUGCUCACGUUGAUCCAAAAGAAGAACAGCCUGAUGUCUGAAGAGUCUGACCUCAUGAUUGAUGUGCAAGAGCUGAAGCUGGAAGAGCAGCAGGGGCAGCUGGAUCAAGAGCUACGGCGCUACUAUAAUCUGGAAGAUUCUUUGAAAACUUCUGAGGACUAUGAGUCAGAGAAGAUAAUCCUGUCCCAACUGGUUGCAAUUGUGAAUCAGCGCAGUGCUCUCAUCGAGAUGCAAGACAGGAAGCGACUCAGUGAGCUUUCCGAGCUUUCCAUGCACCAGUGAUGGAAAAUGCCUAGGAUAUUUGAGGUCAGGUUUAUCUGGUGGAUAAAUUUGCUGAAUGCCCUCUGUAUUUGGCAUGCCAUUCCAUUCUAGACUCUGACGAAGAAGCCUCAUCUUUUGCAAUUGAUGCAACUUGAUGCAUCUGAUGCAGCUAUGUUUUUAAGUAUUUUAAGGAGUAAUAAGGAAAGUAUGCAAAACUUCCUUUCAUUGUUUGCAGAUACAACUGUUGAAAGCUUUAAGAAAAUUGUCUAUUUGGAAAGAAAAUAAUAUUCAGAAGAUGUACAUAUUAUUUAGCUAUUGUUGUAUAUAUUUGCAGUUAGCAUGCUCUACUUUGACACAGGGCCUCAUCCAACAGAAAAGAUUUCUUUCACCCUUCUGCUGCAGGUGACUGUUAUUUGUGAUCUAGAUGUGGUAAAUUAGGAGGGGCUAUAUUGUUUAAGUGGAGAAGUAUUCUAAAAUCAAAAAAGCAUUAUCCUUCCAUGAAGUUUGGAGAAGCCUUCAAAUGGUCCAGAGUUGUGUUCUAGAGGAGGACAAUUAGUUAAAAUCUCUUGAAGGAUACAUGGAAUCAACAGACUAUUUCAGAGGAAAGAAAUAGAUGCCCUACAAUAAAAAUUAAAAUGCCAUCAUCAAAGACCUUCCAUUAUAAUAAAUGCGCAAGGAGAAAUAUGCAUCUCUCGCACAUUUUUGCUUGUGCCUACAAGCAUACGAGAUGCUAUAGGGCAAGAUCUUGAAGCUGGACCAGUAUGGUUUGAAAAUGCAUGCUCUUCCUGCAAAAUAAACAACAAAUAUGGAUGCAGAUCACAAUACACUGCUCUUGAAGAAAAACUUCAAGUGAACAGAUGUUAUUUGGUAACAAACUGAAAGUUGCUACUUCUGGAUGAAUAUAAGCCAACUUGUUUUUCACAGACUUGCUCCAAUAAAUAUAAUGGAGUGAAAAGAAAAUGCUCUUCUGUCUUUUGUCAUCCAAGUUAAUUUCACAAUACAGGAAAUAUCCAUCAAACCUUUUCAAAGUGUUGUUGGUCUUGGUCCAAUUUCCUCUAAGAAGUGGCCAGGAUUAUGUUAUUUGGUUUUCAGUAAGAUUGCAAAUGGUUGCGAAGACAGACAAUACAGUUCUUAGCUAGAAUAAUUAAGUAAUUACUCUAGUAAUUAAGUCAAGCCUGACCUUGAAUUUGAACUGAAACUAGUUAAAAAAUAAUUUUCACUUCAAGUAUUUUUGAGAAAAAGAGAAAUUUAGUAGAUGAAAGAAAUACAUGUACCAAAGAUGCCGUUCUAGGUAGAACUGUGUGCCUACUUCUUUACAGAUACUGGAUGAUUUAUAACUAAUUUCUAUUAUAGUUUUAGAAGUAUAAUCUAUGUUUGGGUAUCGCAGCUUUGUGUUUUUAAAAAAUCACUUUUUGACUCAGCCAGUCAAGUUCAUCUCUUGUCUUGGUUGGUUCUGAUUAACCCCACCCUAACAUAGGUAUAAUAGGUGUUUUCAAAUGUUUAAGUCAUUAACUGUUCUGUGCACCAGAUCCAGGUCUGAUUGGUCUGUGACAAUGUCCAAAAUAUGUAUAUAUCAUCUGGGCAAAAAUAGGGAGGGCAGCAAUGACUAAAGGGAGGGAAGGGAGGGGAAAUAGGAGCAAUGACUAAAGGGAGGAAAAAACAGGAAGAUCAGGCGAGGGCUGUAUGCAUGUGCCAUAAGGAGGAGAUAGGAGGGAGGGGUGAGAUAUAUCAGCUUUACCCUACACAUCAAAUAAGACUCCACCAAAUUUGCCUUGGCCAAAACCCUAAUGUUUCAGAUUUUGGUUACAUUGGACUCUGAUGCUUUUGAGAGAAGAGGAGUUAUAACCUAAGGUAACAUGUAUUGCUCUUUUCCGUGAACUUAAGGAAAGGUGGACUAUAUAUGAUAUUCUGAAUAUAUCCCUUCCUACAACAAUUAAGCACUAGGAACUGGACAGCUCCUAAAGCUAAUGCACUGUACACAAAAUCUAAAGACUUGUGUGUUCAAUUCCAGUAAAAUGUUUGAAUCACAUAGAACUGUGGUGGUAAUUCUAUGGCACACGCGCCACAGGUGGCAUGUGGAGCCCUCUCUGCGGGCACGCAAGCUGUUGCUCUGCUCAGGUCCACCACACAUCUGCAUACUCCUCCCACUGGCCAGCUGAUUUGCAGGUCUCUGCCGUGCAUGUGGGAGAUGCAUGCGCAAGGGUGUGUGUGUGAUGUGUUGGGGUCAUGUACGGGGGGAAUGGGUGCCCCCCCAGCCCAUAUUUGGUCCCAGGAGGAUUCAGGGAGGCCUGCUAGGCCCAAAAUGGGGCACGGGGGGUGCGCGCAUGUUUGUGUGGGGAACACGGGGGAACAUGCAUGCACAGGGGGGCAGGGAACAUUGCAUUAUGGGUGUGGACUCGCAUGCACACAUGGUGUCGUGUGCUUCUGCGCGAUUUCAGCACACGAGGACAAAAAGGUUAGCCAUCACUAACAUAGAAUAACAUCUGACUACCUGUGACGGGAAGAGUCACGGAAGGCCAAAACUGACAUGCAAUGUCUCAGGGUUGUAAGUAGACACAAACUAGCCAAACACAACACUCCUGGAUAUAGCAGCUCUUCUUUCUCACAAGGGCAGGUGGAGCAUUUUAUGGCUCCCGGAGCCUGACCAUUGAAAUUCCUCAGGCAAGGUGACACCAUGAAAAACAAGAGUCAAAGAAUUUCUUCCUACCUCAAAAGAAAAAUAAAACUAGACCCACCCAUUGCAUUCCUUAAACUCUCCCCAAAUUUUAAAGAUACCACCUAAUCCCUGAAGCAUGGCCCCAAUCUAUUCAUACGGAUGACUAGUUGCAGUUUUAUAAGACUCAUAUCCCAAUUGCAGUCGCAUUCAUACAUGAACUGUUAAAGACAGAACAAAACUUCAUGUGUAAAUGGAGAUAGAAUCCCUUGCCUAUCUUAUUCAGGUAACUCAGCUAAUAGUGCUAGAGAACAGCCAUCUGCUCUAGAACCUGGAGAGUGUGAACAAACAUUAACAUAAAUAGGCUGGUUUGUUAUAAAACAAAUUUAUAUACAGGUAGUCCUUGAUUUACCAUUCGGUUAAUGACGAUUGGAAAUUACAAGAACCCUGAAAAAAGUUGUUUACAAUUGGUCCUCACACUUAUGACUCUCAUAGCAUCCGCGGCCAAUGAUCAUAAUUCAGGCAUUAGGCAACCGGCAGGUAUUUAUCUGAUUGCCACUUCUGACCUUCCCAGAUAGCUUCCAACAAGCAAAUCUGAGGAAACUGGAUUUGCUUAAUGACCAUGGCAAAAGUAAAAUUGGUUGGCCACAUAGUGACUCACUUAAUGACCACAUUGCUUAGGGAUAGAAGUCCCAGUCCCAGUUGUGACUGUAAUUCAAGGACUACUUGUAAAAUUUAUUCAGUUGACAAUUCAGCUUUCGUUCUGCUAGCCCAGUUCUUCCAUUUCUGUUUCCCUGUCAAUGAACGGGAGCUACAUACGAAAAACAGAUUUCCAUCAAUAAUUGGUGCUAUUUACUUAGUACAGCUAAAAACAUUAUUGUAGGAAAAGCAGCUGUGUACAAUUAGAAAUAUUUUAUUUUACUCAUCUGUUCUUGCCUGCUUUUUCAGUACAAAUUUAACAGAGCAGUAUGUGUUUAAUUCUAUUAAAACAGUAUUUUAUGAUUUAAAAAAAAUGUUUUUUAAAUAGCCAGGUUAGUUUCAAAAUCCACUCAUCAAAA